AUGAAAGAGGUGAGUAAAACACAGAAACGACGAUGGGAGAAGGAGGACACAUUGCCACGAAAGCGAGCGCGUCAAAUCUGUGAGGCCUGCAAGGCCCGCAAAACAAAGUGUGUUAGUGUCGAGAAUGGCGACUGCGAUUAUUGCCAGUCACUCAAUUUACCAUGCAAAUUUGACCUCAAAAAUCGAAAACGACCGUUCUAUAUGGUAUCCGAGGAAGCCUAUGAUUCUUUGGUCAAGCUUUUGCGACGAUUCAUUCCUGAAGAGGAGCUUCCCGAGCUCACAGUCGAAAGCAUAAGGUGUUCCCUAGAGCAGAAGAAUAAUGACCCUGCUUCGCACGUCUUGCCAAAUGGUAGGAACAGAGAUGCAGACCCCAGCGACGCUGUGUUAGUUCCGAACUCUCGUGUCGAUCUGCCAGAGCACGACCUCCAACAGCACGACCCCCAAAAACUGACUAUGCCCAACGAUGAUUCACUCUUCCAAGAAGAACUAGGGUGUAUGAUGUUGGAUUCAUUGGGUAAAUACCGAUAUGUCGGUGCCAAUUCCGCAAUUCGAUGGUAUCAUACUGCACGCAAGGUCAGUGAGAAUUCCAUGCAUUCAUAUCCACGCGUCAUUGUCCCAUUGAAAACCGGCUUGCUUCCACCAACCACCCCCGAAAACGUAGCUAGUCAACACAAAGGCGACCAGUUCCUGCCGGUUGGGGAUACACUGCCCAAGGCGAUCACUCCAACCAAACUUGUGGAAUUGAGUCAGUCCAAGUUCGGCAUUGUCACCAAAAUGUCAAUCUGGGCAUGCCUUGCCCCCGAGGGGUUCAUGCGAGUCCACCUUUCAGUCCCCGAGGAGCGUGAUCUGGCACCCAUGGUGGACAUCUUACGUGAAAUGCUCCUCCGGGAAAAGAUUCAAGAUCACCCUGUUAUCGGAGAUUCAAAAGGACCUCGGUUGGGAUUCUGGGAUGCCACAUUUGCUCUAUAUGGGCCUAAGGAGAUGAUGGAGUAUAAUCUCAAGCAGAUCCGAGAAGCAUUCAAGCCAAUCAAGGGCCAUGAAUUGACAGCAACUGCUCACUAUCCUAAGCCUGGUCAGAAAGAUGUCAAUGCCAUCGAUAUUCCCUACGAUCUGCAAACUAGAAAUCCUGGCCUGUGCGCGAUCAAGUCAAUUGAGUACCGCGGACUUGACGGCGGACACAUUUCCUUCUCCCCCGUCCUACCUUCUGACGGGAAGGCAGCUCUUGAAUUCUACUACACGGCACAGAAGCUUUGCGGUUUGCACAUGCACCUGCGGCACAUGACACACAUUAACAUAAUUCACUUCGACCGUAAUUCGCAAAAGGACAAAGACACCGCCAACGCCUUGUUCGUCGAUCUAGUCCGUUCUGCACGGGAAGCCGGGUAUGGCGAGUACCGUGCACACAUUGAACAUAUGGAUCUGGUUGCCAAGCAAUAUGAAUUUGGCCGCGGUGCUUUGAUGCGAUUGAAUGAGCGAAUCAAGGAUACGCUUGAUCCUAAUGGCAUUCUGAGCCCCGGAAAACAAGGUAUUUGGGCUAAGCAGUACCGAAACAAGGGAAAGUCGCAAUUGUAA